AUGGCCCUAUGGUUCUUCGCCUACGCGAGCGGCAUGUCGGCCGGCGUCUGGUCCGCCUUCACGUACCAGUGGCCCGUUCUCGCGGCGUCACAGCUCGCCGCCAGUCUCGCCGCGCGCCAGCUGCCCCCGCAGUGGCAGUUCCGCGCCGCUGCGUUCGCGGCGGCCGUCGGCGCGUGCUUCUGCCUCGGCGCCGUGCCGCCGCUCGCAGAACCGGCCCUGCAGGUCUUCUCCGCGGUGCCCGUCGAGCCCCCACACCUCCUCGCGUGGCGGGCAUGCUCCGUCGCCCUCGUGCACGGCGCCGUGUUCGGUGCGCUCGCGGUGACGCGCUCGCCGCUCCGGCCGCGCCAGGCCUUCUUGCUCUCGGCGACGGUCUGCGGGCUGCUCGCGGCGAUCCAGCCGCUGGGCACGCUGUGGCUGGUGCCUGUCCUGCACCCGGCACAGCACAUCGCGGCAGGCGUCGCCGCCGCUGCGGCCGCCGCCGCCGAGCUGCGCCGAGCCACGCAGAAACAGGCCUGA